UUUCUCGCAGUUUCUCUCAACCGAUCGAGAUCUCUCUCUCUCUCUCUCUCUCUCUCUCUCUCUCUAUAUAUAUAUAUAUAUUAUAAUUAGCACUCACUAUACUCCCUCCAAGUUCCAGAGAGAGACAGAGAACUCUCUCUGUCUAUCGGGUUCCCGUCGAUCUAGGGUUUUAUAGAUACUCGGUUCCUCUCUUGCUCUUCUCAUUGUUUUCAGUGAUUGAAAAUCCAAUUAGAUUCGAUUUCGGCUAUUCUCUUUCUCGCUUUCUCUCUCCUGUCUUGGCUCGAGAUCCGAGCCAAGCACAGAAGGAACUCCAGUCCGCGGAGAGGGAAUCGCUACGGAUUUGUGAGUCGGAAUGGCGUCGAGCGAGGGGUUUUUGACGGAGGAGCAGCGAGAAAUGCUGAAAGUAGCCACACAGAAUACGGAGGUUCUGUCGUCCUCACCGAGAUCCCCUACGUCUCUACUCUCCGAGCAUCAGAUAAAAGCUCCGGCCGGCGCGAGAGCGGCGACGGCUGGGAUUGCUGUCAGGCAUGUGCGACGCUCUCACUCGGGGAAGUUAGUGCGAGUGAAGAAGGAUGGUGCUGGGGGGAAGGGCACCUGGGGCAAGUUACUGGACACUGAUGGUGUAUCUCAUAUUGAUCGAAAUGAUCCGAACUAUGAUAGUGGCGAGGAGCCAUAUCAGCUUGUUGGGUCAUCUGUCUGUGACCCCCUGGAUGAAUACAAGAAAGCUGUGGUUUCCAUUGUAGAGGAAUAUUUCAGCACUGGUGAUGUGGAAGUGGCAGCAUCUGAUCUCAGAGAACUUGGCUCUAGUGAGUUUCUUCCUUAUUUUGUAAAAAGGAUUGUUUCCAUGGCCAUGGACAGACAUGACAAAGAGAAGGAAAUGGCUUCGGUUCUCCUCUCUGCUCUCUAUGCUGAUGUUAUCACUUCAGCACAGAUCAGUCAUGGGUUUUUCAUGCUCCUAGAAGCUGCUGACGACCUUGCUGUGGAUAUACUCGAUGCAGUUGAUGUGCUUGCUCUGUUUAUAGCUCGUGGUGUGGUUGAUGACAUCCUACCUCCUGCUUUCCUCACCAGGGCAAAGAAAGCACUCUCUGAAUCCACCAAGGGAUUUCAAGUCAUCCAAACUGCUGAGAAGAGCUAUCUUUCAGCUCCACACCAUGCUGAACUUGUUGAGCGACGAUGGGGUGGUAGCACCCACAUAACUGUUGAGGAAGUGAAAAAAAAGAUAACAGAUCUUUUGAGGGAAUAUUCAGAGAGUGGAGAUACUGCUGAGGCCUGCAGAUGCAUACGGGAGUUAGGUGUUUCAUUCUUUCAUCAUGAGGUUGUCAAGAGGGCCCUGAUUCUUGCCAUGGAGAUCCAAACAGCAGAAUCGCUCAUACUGAAGUUGUUGAAGGAAGCAUCUGAAGAAGGACUAAUAAGUUCCAGCCAAAUGGUAAAAGGGUUCGCUCGUUUAGCUGAGAGCCUUGAUGACCUUGCUCUUGACAUUCCGGCUGCAAAAUCCUUGUUUCAAGCUUUGGUUCCUCGGGCAAUCUCUGAAGGUUGGCUUGAUGAGUCAUUUUUUAAAUCCUCAGGUGAAGAUGGAGAGCUAGAAGACAAGGAUGAUGAAAAGGUGAGAAGAUACAAGGAAGAAGUGGUGACAAUAAUUCACGAGUAUUUCCUCUCAGAUGACAUUCCUGAGCUGAUCCGCAGUCUUGUAGAUCUUGGGGCACCUGAGCUGAACCCAAUUUUCUUGAAGAAGCUCAUCACCCUUGCAAUGGACAGGAAGAACCGAGAGAAAGAGAUGGCUUCUGUUCUGCUCUCUGCCCUUCAUAUUGAGAUAUUCUCAACUGAAGAUAUAGUUAAUGGUUUUGUAUUGCUUCUUGAAUCUGCAGAAGAUACGGCACUUGACAUUCUGGACGCUUCAAAUGAACUUGCUUUCUUCUUGGCCAGGGCUGUGAUUGAUGAUGUCUUGGCACCACUAAAUUUAGAAGAGAUAGCUAGCAAGUUGCCACCAAAUUGCAGAGGCAGUGAGACUGUGCAUAUGGCCCGGUCUCUCAUACUUGCGCGGCAUGCCGGUGAGAGGAUCCUGAGGUGCUGGGGUGGUGGGACUGGGUGGGCAGUAGAGGAUGCCAAGGACAAGAUACUAAAGCUCCUAGAGGAAUAUGAGAGUGGGUGCGUCGUGAGUGAAGCUUGCCAGUGUAUUCGUGAUCUCGGAAUGCCUUUCUUCAGCCACGAAGUUGUGAAGAAGGCCCUGGUCAUGGCCAUGGAGAAGAAGAAUGACAGGAUGCUGGACCUGCUGCAGGAAUGCUUCGGCGAAGGGCUAAUCACUAUUAAUCAAAUGACAAAAGGCUUCGCGAGAAUCAAGGACGGGCUUGACGAUCUGGCCCUUGACAUUCCCAAUGCCGAGGAGAAGUAUAACUUCUAUGUAGAACACGCAAAGAAGAAUGGGUGGCUUCUACCCGCAUAUGAUUCUGCUGCAACAGAUGUUUUGGAGAUUCCAGCUGCAGCUUCUUGAGAAUAAACAUGGUAUACUGCUCCCUUUGCCUUGCCCCGACUACAGACCUGAUGUAUGUUAGAAGUAUUACUGCCCCAUUAUCCCCGUUGUACUACUGUUUUUAGCCAGUGGCUUCUCCAUACCAUCCAUAAAAGAGAGAGGUGGAUAGAUGUGGCAUGUUUGGACCUUCCUUUUCUUUCUAUCUCCCUUGCUCUCCUUUCCUUUUUCUGCUUGUUACUUGUUCAAUAGGGAUCUAUGAAUGUAUAAAGUUGGUUUUUCUUUCCA